AUGGCUGAAUCACCGCACGGAGAAGAGAAGCUGCGCAGUCGCGUCGUCGAUUCCAUCAGCAGGAGGGCCGAGAAUGCUCUCAAGGAAGACUACGGGAAGGCGAGGGUCAUGGCCUCGGAUGCCGUCCAGAGCCAGGCAUACCUCUAUCCCAUCAAGGGCAUCUUCUACUUUCUCGCUCACCGGAGCUUAUGGCAGCCGCUGAUUGACCGAAUCAUCCCUUAUGGCACACUCACGGUCUCUGUCAUUGCUGCCAUGUUUACCUUUACGUAUCUACCACAGCUUGCAGUUCUUUUGCUCUUCAAUGGCCCAUUGGCUGUAUAUUCUACAGUUCUGCUCACGCUCAACGAGAGCUCCAUCCUUAUCCACAUGAUUUCCCGCACUUGGAUACUCCAGGAAGCACUCAUGGACACCUUUGACGGAACACUGGUGUCGAGAAACGCAACGGCCCUUGUCCAACAAGGCCGAGAGGUGAAACCGGGCAGUGAUCCCAUGAAGAAGCUGGGCAAGGUAUUCAAGAAGCGGUUCGACAAAAUGAGCCUCACUGCAAUGAUACGAUAUGUCAUGUACCUGCCUCUUAACUUUAUCCCCGUCGUAAAAACAGAGGCAAGGUCGUACACAGUCGAGUAUGUUGUUACCACCCUGAAUGCUACCAUCGAGGUCUGUGCUAACGGUGUAAAGUACUUUACACUCAAGAAUUGGUCCGAGUCACAGAGGACACAGUGGCUCAAGGGCCACACUGGAGCUUACGCAUCCUUUGGUGUCGUCGCAACUCUUUUGGAGAUGAUCCCAGUGAUGUCCAUCUUCUUCUCCUACACAAACACCGUUGGUGCUGCUCUUUGGGCUGCUGAUAUCGAACAGCAAAAUAACGCCAUGGUCAAAGAGACUGCCCCAAAUCUCAGGCAGGCAGCCGAGAACGCGAAAGAACUUUAG